GCCGAUGACGCAGGAUGAUAAGUCACCUAAACUGUCCACUGUAUGUUUUACUCGUCAAUUCAUCGUCUCGUUCAUUUGUAAUGUAAGUCACUGAUGACCUGCAAUGGACUUGAACAAAAGUGAAGUGAAAAUAUGUCCUAGAAAAUUGUCGGAAAUAGCUUUCAAAAAAAUACUAUGCUGCAGUUUGGCAUCUCUAUUCUGUUCAAACUGACCACAAAACCUCAAAAGUCAUGAAGCUGCUGAAGAACAGCGUGACAGGAAAUGUACUUACAUAAAGCCCGUCUUCUAUGAUAACCAAGAGGAUGCAUCAGCUAGUGUGACCUAUCACCACUCUUAUAUCAUCACUUUUACUCUGAAAAACCAACAAAGAUUUUAACAAAAGACAACAUCAGGAUGCUCCGUUCAGGGAUUAUACUGCUUCUUCUCCAUCAAGGAUAUGCACUGAUCUCAGUGACCACUGUUCAUCUUGGUGAACCUGUGACCUUCACAUGUGCUUACCCUGAUGCAGAGUAUAGCAAUACAAGAAUUAAGUGGUACAAACAGAUUACUGGUGAUACUCUUACAUUAAUUACUACACUGAUGAAAGCUACUACAAAUCCUGCAUUUGAGCAAGGGUUUCCUUCCUCACGAUUUGUUGCAAACCAUACCACAAUCAUGAGCACUCUGACCAUUUUGGAAACAAUCGAAGAUGAUGAGGCAGUGUAUCACUGUGCAGUCACUACCUGGAGUAAGGAUCAAUGGAUAGGCACAUAUUGUCUUUAAAAGGAAACACUCAGAAGAUGACAGACUAUAAUGUAGUUCAGUGGCCAACAGUAUCUGAUCCUGUUCAUCCAGGAGACGCCGUAACUCUCCAGUGUUCAGUUCUCUCCACGUCUAAGAAGAAGUCCUGUCCAGGUGAACACAGUGUACACUGGUUUGGAGUUAGAUCAGAUAAAUAUCAUGCAAACACCAUCUACACUGGUGGAAAUAGACAUCAUGAAUGUGACAAGAGACCUGAUGCACAAUCUCCGCCAAAGAGCUGUGUUUAUCACCUUUCUAAGAAUGUCAGCUCCUCCGAUGCUGGGAUUUAUUACUGUGCUGUGGCUGCAUGUGGGGAGAUUAUAUUUGGAAAUGGGACAAAACUGGACAUUGAGUCAGGAACCAGCUUGAGGUCUGUUUUACAGAUGGACAACAUAAUUUUGCUUCUGCUGUGUGCCACCUCAGCUAUAAGUCUGAUUGUUAUAGCAAUCCUCAUUUACGUCAACAAGAAAAAUAAGUGUGACUAUUGCAGUAAUGAAGCUGAUGUUUCCCUGCAAGAAUAUUUUGCAAAAAGGAAUUUAAAGAGAGAUGAAGAAACAUGGAUUUAUUCCGCCGCUCUCUUUACCACGAUGCAAACUGGCACUGGUGGAAGAAGCGAUGCAAAAGCAGUGGAGAGGGAGAGGAUCUACGCUGCUGUCAAGGCUUUUGGGUUGAAUUAGCAAGUUAACUGGACUGUUUUAGAUGAGUUACUACCAUACUAGAGGCCUAUGUGAUAGUUGAUGCUAUUCUGUGUAAAGCUAAGAUGUUAUUAUAUGUGACUAUUAGGUAAGAUUGUACAUAUCUGUCUUUGUUUGAUGUUUUUAGAUUGAAUUAAAACAAAGCAUUUUGUUACACUAA